GAUUACCUACGAGAACGACGUUGCUUUGCUGAGACUUGCAGAAUCUUUGGUCUUCAAUCAGCUUGUUGCUCCCUUGGCAUUGCCGCAACCAGGGCAGAAUUUCACAAGCGAGAUGUGUCUUGUGUCGGGAUGGGGAACAACCAGCGAGGGAGGAUCAUCUUCAGAUAUCUUGCAGUACACUGAGAUCCCUGUCGUCAGUGACAGAAGGUGCCGAGCCACGUACACUGAUGAUGAAAUCAUGGAUUCGAUGAUCUGUGCCGGGUAUGAGGAAGGAGGAAGAGACACCUGCCAGGGGGACUCGGGAGGACCCCUAGCCUGUGGCGGUACUCUGGCAGGAAUCGUAUCUUGGGGCUACGGCUGUGCCCGGCCUGGCGUGCCCGGGGUCUACACCGAGGUCACUUAUUUCUUGGACUGGAUUAAUGCCCAUACGAGGAACCACUGAAAAUACUUACAUCAGAUUUACAGAUUCAGUUCGAGAAGAACCCUCUAUAAUGUAGGGACAAUCCUCUACAUGGAAACUCUAAACGAAGUCAACACCAUGCUAACUACAAUGAAAUGAUAUUGCAUAAGUAUGAUGUAUUUGAGUGCAUAUAAAAAUCCAUAAAAUUCCA